AUGCGCCCAACAUCCGCCCUUGCGGCCGCUUUGGCCCUUGCAUCUGGCGCCCUCGCCGGCAAGAUCCGGUAUCUGGGCGUCGCCAUCCCGGGAAUCGACUUUGGGUGCGACAUUGACGGCAGCUGUCCGACCGAUACUUCGUCCGUUCCGCUGCUGAGCUACAAGGGCGGUGAUGGCGCCGGUCAGAUGAAGCACUUUGCCGAGGAUGACGGCCUAAACGUCUUUCGCAUUUCCGCCACAUGGCAGUUCGUCACCAACAACACCGUGGACGGCAAGCUGGACGAGCUCAACUGGGGAUCCUACAACAAGGUCAUUGACGCCUGUCUCGUCACCGGCGCCUGGUGCAUGAUUGACAUGCACAACUUUGCCCGAUACAAUGGCGGAAUCAUUGGCCAGGGAGGCGUCGAGGACGAAGUCUUUGUCAACCUGUGGGUCCAGAUUGCCAAGUACUACGAGAAGAACGACAAGAUCAUCUUUGGUCUGAUGAACGAGCCUCACGAUCUGGACGUCAACAUUUGGGCCCAGACCUGCCAAAAGGUCGUCACCGCCAUCCGUGAGGCCGGCGCCACCUCGCAGAUGAUUCUGCUGCCCGCUACCAACUUUGCCAGUGUCGGGACGUACGUCGACAGCGGAAGCGCCGCUGCCCUCGGUGCCAUUACAAACCCUGACAACAGCACCGAUCUGCUGUACUUUGAUGUGCACAAGUAUCUCGACAUCAACAACUCGGGAUCCCACGUGGAGUGCACUACCGACAAUGUCCAGGCCUUUGAGGAUUUCGCGACCUGGCUGAGGGACAACAAGCGCCAGGCCAUCAUCUCGGAAACCGGUGCAUCCAUGGAUCCUUCGUGCAUGACCGAUUUCUGUGCCCAGAACAAGGCCAUCAGUGCCAACAGCGACGUCUACAUCGGCUUCGUCGGAUGGGGCGCCGGAAGCUUUGACACCUCUUACAUCCUGACGCUCACGCCCCUUGGCGAGCCCGGCAACUACACCGACAACAAGCUGAUGGAGCAGUGCAUCCUCGACCAGUUCACCAUGGACUCCAAAUACGCACCAACACCCACUUCAAUCUCAACGGCCACAGAGACAGGCACUUCAACGCCUACCCCGGACCCAUCUAGCACCAGCGGUAACUCGCCAUCAUCAACAACGCCCAGCGCUGACAAGCAAACGCCUUCGUCCUCUCCAAAGGCCAAUCCCGUCAACGACCCAUCCAGCGAUACCAACAAUUCCUCCAAGGACGGAAACAAGGAUGGAAAGUCAGCGGCCCCAUCCGGGGCUAAAGCCUUGAGCGGCAGCUUGCUACUGACAGGAGCUGCUUUUGGCUACAUGAUGGUGGCGUUUUGA